ACGGUUCCCUGCCUCUGCCUCCCUUCACAGCUCCUGGAUUCCUGUUGCUUGGCUAGACACUUCUGUCCUAGAAGAUAAUGAGUUCAUCACUGGCUGGGACCUGAGACAGAACGAAGAUGCUCACCAAGAAAAAGAACAUCUGGAGUGGCCCCGAAGUGAGGAGCUAGGGCUAGAAGAUUGGCCCCUGGCCUGGGCUGGGGAUCUGCCCGGCCUUGCGGUUGUGACUGGCUGCUCUCUGGUUGUGUGUUCUCCGCAGCACCAUGCUGCAGCAAAUCCUGCACGACAUGUACAUCGACCCGGAGCUGCUGGCUGAGCUCAGUGAUGUCCAAAAGCACAUCCUUUUCUACAAGAUGAGAGAGGAACAGCUUCGGCGUUGGAGGGAGCGGGAGGCAUGGGACGCCCUGGCUCAGGCGGAGGGCCUCAGGCCCUUGAAGGUCAAACGAGCGGCGAGCAACAAGCAUAUCCAGUGGCUGCUGGGAGCAGAUGGCGAGGUCUGGGUGUGGGUCAUGGGUGAAGGCCCUGGAGACAAGCCCUACGAAGAGAUCUCUGAGGAGCUGAUUGCAGAGAGAGCCCGGCUGCAAGCCCAGAGAGAAGCUGAGGAGCUCUGGAGACAGAAGGAAGCAGAGAUCACCAAGAAGUUCCGGGAUGCCUUGGCCAAUGAGAAAGCCCGGAUCCUGGCAGAGAAGUGGAAAGUGGAAAUGGAGGACCGCAAGGCUGCCAAAAUCCUGGAGGAACGUAUACAUGAGGAAUUCAAGAGGAAAGAGGAAGAAGAGAGGAGGCGAGGAGAAGAACAAAUUCGCCUCCAGGAGGAGCAGAGGGCGAAGGAACUUUAUUGGACCUUGAAGCAGGCCCAGCUACACUGCCAAGCCAGUGAGACGGAGGAGCGCGAGUGGGAAGAGCAGUUACGCAGGUCCAAAGCAGCUGAUGAGGAGAGGAGCCGUCGCGCUCAGCGAGCCCGGGAUGAGUACCGGCGCCACUCACUCAGGGCCAUCCAGAAGGGAACUGUUGCUGGCCUGAGCACCAUGUUCCAAGAACUUGGGCAGAACCCUGAGCAAGAGGCGAGACUCCAUCAUCGACUUCCUAGUGGCAGUCCACCACCACCCCUCACAAGGCCUGACAGCAGGACCUGGGAGCGUCCUCUGCGUCCACUCUCCAGAGAAAUCAUCGUGCGCUGGUUCAAAGAGGAACAGCUGCCUCGCCGAGCUGGCUUUGAGAGGAACACCAAGUCCAUUGCCCCCUGGUUUCAUGGAAUUAUUAGCAGAGAGAGCGCAGAAGACCUUCUGGAGAAUAUGACGGAAGGAGCAUUUCUGGUCCGGGUCAGUGAGAAGAUCUGGGGUUACACCCUGUCCUACCGCCUGCAGAGAGGCUUCAAGCACUUCCUUGUGGAUGCCUCUGGGGACUUCUACAGCUUUCUGGGAGUGGACCCUAAUCGUCAUGCCACCCUCACAGACCUCAUUGAUUUCCACAAGGAGGAAAUCAUCACUGUUUCAGGGGGAGAGUUGCUACAGGAACCUUGUGGACAGAGGGAUAGCCCACCGGACUAUCACUUGUUGUUUGAAUGAUUUUUCCCCUCCUCUUCAGACUCCUUUGAAUAUCCUAAUUUUGAACUGAGCUUAAGAAUGUCCCAACUCAAAGCCUCAUGGUCUUCUGGAAGAUCCACCAUUCUUCAGAUGAACACUGAGUCUCUAGAAUGUGACCUACAAAAUGUGAUUGUAUUUACAAGACUGGUUCUAUUCCAAAUCUCAAGGCAGAAGCCCCAAAUAAUGAUGCUCCUGGAGGUCUGACAUGGCUGUGCUAAACUGAACUCCUAGAGCAAAUAGAUCAUAUUUUAAUAACCCAAAGCAAUUCCAGUGCCGAACUUUACAUUUAAUAUAUAAGGCCAAUACUCAGUAAGUGUUUGUUGAGUGAGUGCCCUUCUGGAAAACUUCAAACACCAAUGUGCAAUGGUUUCUAGCAAAU